CGCGCCAUGCGGGCUGGCUGAGCGGCGCCGGCCGCUCCAACUUUCCCGGGGAAGGAUGGCCUCCAAUUUCAACGACAUCGUGAAGCAGGGCUACGUGCGCAUCCGGAGCAGGCGGCUGGGGAUUUACCAGAGAUGCUGGUUAGUAUUCAAAAAAGCUUCAAGCAAAGGGCCAAAGAGGCUGGAGAAAUUCUCAGAUGAACGAGCUGCUUACUUUAGAUGCUAUCACAAGGUCACAGAGCUCAAUAAUGUGAAGAAUAUAUUACGAAUGCCAAAAAGCACAAAGAAGCAUGCUGUUGGGAUUUAUUUUAAUGAUGACACAUCGAAAACCUUUGCUUGUGAGUCAGAACUUGAGGCAGAUGAGUGGUGCAAGGUGCUGCAGAUGGAGUGUCUUGGAACACGAAUUAAUGACAUUAGCCUUGGAGAGCCUGACCUGUUGGCAUCUGGAGUAGAAAGGGAGCAGAGUGAGAGAUUCAAUGUGUAUUUGAUGCCAUCCCCUAAUUUAGAUGUGCAUGGGGAAUGUACCUUGCAGAUAACAUUUGAGAAUAUCUGUCUUUGGGACAUCCAGAAUCCCAGAGUAAAACUCAUCUCUUGGCCAUUAAGUGCCCUCCGACGCUACGGGCGGGACCCAUCUUGGUUCACGUUUGAAGCAGGGAGGAUGUGUGACACAGGAGAAGGACUAUUCAUCUUUCAGACCAGAGAUGGGGAAGCAAUCUAUCAGAAGGUUCACUCGGCUGCUUUGGCCAUUGCAGAACAACACGAGCGCUUGUUGCAGAGUGUGAAAAAUUCAAUGCUGCUUGAGUUAAAACUCCCCUCAGGGGAAGCAGUGCUAGCCCAGGACCAGGGGAGCACCAAGCUUCAGAUGAAAAUGAGCGAGCGAGCCGUGUCCCUCAGCACCAUGGUGCCCUUGCCCCGCAGUGCCUACUGGCAGCACAUCACGCGACAGCACAGCACUGGCCAGCUCUACGGUCUGCAAGAUGCUUCUAGCCCAGUGAAGCUUCAUCGCACAGACACUUUUCCAACCUACAGGUCAGACCAUCGAUAAAAGACUGUAAAGAACUUUACAGACUCUUUGUCUUCUGACAAACUGCCCCAGUGGAUGACAGUGAUGAUGAUAAGCAAGGAUGGAAACAUGGAAGAGUUCAGGUUGGAUGAAAAAUUCUUGCAAUACAAAGUUUUUUUUAAACUUUGCCAAAAGUUAAAACUAUUCUGUAGAUAUUGGGGAGGGGAACAAAACCAACAAACCCUCCAGUGUUUCUUUUGUAUCUUACAGCUGGACAGAGAAGAAAUCACUCCCUAAAUAUUUCCAAAUGUUUUUGUAUGAUAGGUAUGUUGUAAAUAUAUGAGAGUUUCUUGUUGUAGUGUGGUUCCAUUUUGUCUAUUACAGCUGUGUGUUCACUGAUGUCAGCUGUGUCACCCUUGUUUGUUGUAAUGCUUAUCUUUAGUUAUUUACAUUAUUGUUCAGCCUAAUCCUUGAUCUUUGAAAUGGUGGCCAGUUUUAAGCAGCUAUUGGAUA